AUGCAACGUGAUGCGCCUCAGGUUUUCGAUGGAACUGGAAAUUUACUUUCCUUUCUAGACCGUAUUACUGUCUGGACAGCACUCAAAGGUUUUGAGGGAGAAAAGAAGGCACUCGCCCUAGCAUCCCGAUUAGAAGGGGCGGCCUUUGAAAAUUAUCGACGUCUAGACAGUGAGGAAAAGCAAGAUUUUGAUGUUAUCGUGGUUUCACUAAAGAAGGAGCUCCUCGGUGGGGCAAUAGAUAGGCGACUCGCGGUGGACGAGUUGCGUGACAGAAAAUGGAAACAGUUUGAAGAACCUCGAGCUCCAGCGGCGUUCGCGCACGACAUUGACAGGUUAGUACGGCUAGCGUAUCCGGGGUUUGAUAGUGGGUCCGCGAUUACUUUGGCCAGAGACGCCUUUCUAGAUGGUCUACCAAGAGAAUUUCAAAUUCUGUUGAGAAGAGACAAGACUACUAACGUUAAAGUUGUCAAAGAAUUAGCUGAGGAAGUCAACCAACUUCGAUUAGCCGGAAUUUCCUCAGUCAGACCGGCACCCGCAAAUGCAAGUCCAGUCAAUCAAAGCAGUUUACCGGCUUCAGCAGUCAAUCAAACAGUUACCGCUUUUGGUGACAGUUUAGACACCCAUGCAACCGUGGGAAAGGAAGCUCGUCCUGCACAGACCAUCCAUCCAGGAGAGGUAGCAGUCACCUACUUUACACACGCGUGUGUUGAGAUGAAUUUCAAUGGCACCAUUUUAUUCACUGAUCCUUGGCUGACUGGGCCUGCCUUUUCGAAAGGAUGGUGGCUGCUUCAUGAACCUCCAUCCGACUGGUUGGAUCGACUGUCUAAUGCAGACAUGAUCUACAUCAGUCAUAUCCAUCCUGACCAUUUGAGUUAUCCUACACUGAAGUUGCUGCAUAAACGCAAGCCUCACAUUCCCAUCUAUGUUGGCAACACGUCGACACCUCCAUUCUCCAAGCAACAUUGCUAUGGGAAAGAGACCUACAAUGUCAUUGUGUGUGAGUUAGGAGAGUGGCAGCAGGUGUCCAAUGAUCUCAGAUUUAUGAUUAUGCACGAUGGGAAUCAUAUUGAAAUGGACACAUGUUUGUUAGUUGACUACAAAGGCCACCUGAUCAUGAACACAGUGGAUUGCAGCAGGCCCAAUGACAACAUUCUUCCCAAUGGUGUCGAUCUUCUCAUGAGCGACUUCGCAGGAGGUGCAACAGGAUAUCCCGUAUCAUUUUAUGGUGGAUCCUAUACUGAGAAAUGGAAGGACAACUUUAUCAAAUCAGAAAGAGCGAAGGAAAUCAAUCGAAAAGUAGCUAUGGCAAAGAAAGUCAAUCCUUCUAUGUAUUUGCCAUUUGCUGGCUACUUUGUUGAAGCAUAUCCGUUUGAUGAGUAUGUGAGAGAAAAAAACAAGAAGAAUAGUCCUGCUCAAGUAAUUGAUCGUCUCAAUAAAUACGCUCCAGAUGUUCGCACAUGGAAUCCUAAACCUGGAGCAUGGCUGGAUUUGGCUACAUUCACAGUAACUGAUCCUCCAGAAGGAACUCCAGUUUUCAAAACAAAAUGGAAUUUUGAGCCAUACAUCAAGCACAUUGAUAAAAACAUCUCGUUUGCUCCAUUUCAACAUCCUGACUGUCUGUCCUUCUACUUUGAAUGGGUUGGACUAAAAUCCACCAACCUUGUUGUCAGAGUCAUUGAAACCGAUGAAGCAUUUGCAAAGAGUGAGAUUGGUCAUGACAUUUUAAUUGAUUUUCUGGACUUGUGUUUUCCUAAAGAAAGACCAACUCGUAAGCAUGACUAUCUCGAGAUAAAGGCUCGUAUUGGUGUCUUCAGACAGACAUUGAAGUUUGGCUAUUUAUGGGACAAUCUUUUUAUCGGAUUCCAAUGCAAGAUAUCGAGAGAUCCAGACAUAUAUCAUUUCAAUUUUUGGAACCACAUGCAACUGCUUUUAUCUUCAACGCCUCCUGAUUGGACCAAAUUUUGGCUGGAGAAGGGAGGAAGAGUGGAAGAGCUGAGUGGACCUGACUACAUGCUACCUGAUUUGUCGUGAAACAGUGAAAGCAUGCAGACAACUGCUGAAGUUUAGGUUUGCUGCUGUGUGUUGAAAUGAAGUUAUUGUUGUCGAUUAGCUGGUGCAUGUAUACACAGUUGAUUCAGCCUGUGUUAUCAACCUCUGAGUAUUCAAAUGUAUGAUUAAUAUUAAUCAUGCAGCAAAUAUAUUAAAUA